AUGGCUACUCUCCAAGAACCAGGUAAGAAAGAUGUCAGACAAAGAGGUCAUUCCGCCAUCGACUUCAAAUCUGCUACCACCGGUGUAGCCGCUAAGACCAUGCGAAAUGAGCUCAAUAGGAUGGUCUCUGGUGAGACUGACGCUCAAAAGCGAAAGAUCUUCGAGGCUGAAAUGCAAUCUUUCUUCUUGCUUUUCAACCGAUUCUUGACUGAAAGAGCCAAGGGUGAAAAACUUGAUUGGGAAAAGAUCAACCCUCCUAAACCUGAACAAGUACGACCUUACGCUGUACUUGACAAUGUUGACCCAUCGAUCCUCAACAAGCUUGCUGUCCUCAAGCUUAACGGUGGUCUGGGUACCACUAUGGGUUGUGUUGGUCCCAAGUCUAUCAUUGAGGUCAGAGAAGGUAUGACUUUCUUGGAUCUCUCUGUUAGACAAAUUGAGCACCUCAAUGAGAAAUACAACGUCAACGUACCUUUCAUCCUCAUGAAUUCGUUCAACACCGAUGAAGAUACCGCUCGAAUCAUCCAAAAAUACCAAAAUCACAAUAUCAACAUUCUCACUUUCAACCAAUCUAGAUACCCACGAGUUGACAAGGAAUCACUCCUCCCAUGUCCUAAGGAGACUACCUCCGAUAAGGCUAACUGGUACCCUCCCGGACACGGUGAUAUCUUCGAUGCUUUGACCAACUCCGGUCUUCUCGACAAGCUUAUCGCUGCCGGUAAAGAAUACAUCUUCAUAUCCAAUGUUGAUAACCUCGGUGCCGUCGUCGACCUCAACAUCAUGCAAACUAUGAUUGACGCUCAAGCCGAAUACGUCAUGGAAGUCACCGACAAGACCAAGGCCGACGUCAAAGGUGGUACCAUCAUUGACUACGAGGGUAAAGCCAGAUUACUCGAAGUUGCUCAAGUACCAAAAGAUCACUUGGACGAAUUCUGCUCUACCAGAAAGUUCAAGAUUUUCAACACCAACAAUAUCUGGUGCAACUUGAAAGCCAUCAAGAGAGUCAUGGAUGAAGAUGCUCUAAACCUUGAAAUCAUCGUUAACAACAAGGUCACCGACGCUGGACAAGCUGUUAUUCAACUUGAGACCGCCAUCGGUGCUGCUAUCAAGCACUUCGACAGUGCUAUCGGUAUUAACGUUCCUAGAUCUCGAUUCUUGCCUGUCAAGUCUUGCUCUGAUCUGCUUUUGAUCAAGUCCAAGCUUUACAACCUCGAACAUGGUGUGUUGACCAUGGACAAAUCGAGAGAAUUCGGUGGUACUCCCGUUGUCAAGCUUGGUGAUCAAUUCAAGAAGGUUGCUAACUUCGAGAAACGAUUCAAGUCUAUCCCCAACAUCACCGAGCUCGAUCACCUUACUGUCGCUGGAGACGUCCACUUUGGUAAAGGUGUCAGAUUAGCUGGUACAUGUAUCAUCGUCGCCAACGAGGGUAACAAAAUCAUGAUUCCAGAUGGAACGAAUCUUGAAAACAAACUAAUCACCGGUAACCUCUCUAUCAUCGAUCAUUAA